UCGUCGGGUCCCGCAGUGUGACCGGCUUUGCGGUGCGUCUUCAAGAGCAUCAGCAUUAUCUUUAGUGGACACACAACGAACAGUUCCGUGUGCUGCCGCAUCAUGUUGGCAUAACUCUGCUGAAGAACUGAAAUUAAUGAAUGGCCGGAGAGGAGCGAUGAUCUGAAUUAACUCUUUGAUGUGAAGGGAAUCAGGAAAGGGCUUUUAUACUGCAUACUGGCGAGGGAACACGGGAAUGAGGCUUUAAACACGUUUCUUGACGCUGUGAGUUUUCUUGUUGAAGUUGGCUUUGCUCAGCCAUGGAAAUAUGAAGUGGAAUGGAUAUUCCGAUGAGUGUUCCUUAGAGAUGGAUGGAAGAUUUUCCAACCUUUCCCCUUUAUGAAUCUUUUCGUGAUGACUCUGGAAAGGUGGAGCGAUCAGGAAAAGCUAAUGACGGACGGAGCUAUUGAUCCAUUAAGAGCACCAGAGGGGUUUGGAAACGUUUGGAUGGAAAUGUCUGAGCCUUUUUCUGGUUUUAUACGGAACUACUAAUGCAUAGUCGUGGAUCUCUGCUGGAAUCUCAAUUGUCAGUAGCUAUAGUGAGAUGAAUUCAGGGCUGUUGAUAUUCGCUGUGAUUUUUGCUUCUUUUUUCGCAAAUAUCCAUAUUUCCUUCUAAAAGUAUUCCAAUCUAAAUGGAAUUAGUUGAGAAAGCCCUUUGUGAACGGAAUAGACAUGGUACAUGGGAACAGGUUCCUUCACGUUGUUGCUGGUCUUCUCAUGCUUGGGUUGUCUGGGGCAACAAAGAAGGAAGCAGUGAAAAACAAUUCAGGAGUGCAGCCGGCAGGGCAGUGUGGAACCUGGGUGAAAGAACCAGAGGGAGGUCUCUUCACCUCACCCAAUUACCCAAACAAAUAUCCUCCAGAGCGAGAAUGCAUCUACAUCAUUGAAGCUCCCCCGAGACAAUGCAUUGAUCUUUUCUUUGAUGAAAAGUAUUCAAUCGAGCCUUCAUGGGAAUGUAAAUUUGACCAUAUUGAAGUCAGGGACGGACCCUUUGGCUUUUCUCCAAUAAUUGGACGCUACUGCGGCCAGCAGAACCCUCCAUAUAUCAGAUCGAGCAGCCGUUACCUAUGGAUAAAAUUUGUUGCGGAUGGUGAAUUGGAAGCGAUGGGAUUUUCUGCAAGCUACAAUUUCACAGCAGAUCCCGACUUUAAAGACGUAGGAGUCCCAAAACCUCUUCCCUUUUGUGAAUUCGAGAUGGGAGGACCUGAAGGCAUCAUUGAAUCGCAGCAGAUCACCAAAGACGGCAAAGCCUUGCAGACUGAGGCAGUGGACUGCAAUUGGUACAUCCGUGCCCCUCCUCGAUCCAAGAUCUACUUGCGUUUCCUAGACUAUGAGAUGCAGAACUCCAACGAGUGUAAGCGUAAUUUUGUGGCGGUGUAUGAUGGCAGCAGCUCAGUAGAAGACCUGAGGAAUAAAUUCUGCAGCACGGUGGCCAAUGACGUCAUGCUGGUGUCCACGCUGGGCGUGGUCCGGAUGUGGGCCGACGAGGGCAGCCGAAAGAGUCGCUUCCGGAUACUCUUCACUACCUUCCAAGAGCCUCCCUGUGAGGCAGAUACUUUCUUCUGCCACAGUAACAUGUGUAUUAACAACACGCUGGUGUGCAACGGAAUCCAGAACUGUGUCUACCCUUGGGAUGAAAACCACUGCAAAGAAAAGCGGAAAGCCAACAUCCUGGACAACCUCAACAACACCAACGGCACCAUCAUCGGCAUUACAUGCUGCAUCGUACUGAUCCUCCUGGUCGUAUCGGUCAUCGUCCAAAUCAAGCAGCCGCGGAAGAAGUACAUCCUGAGGCGGGAGGACUUUGACACCACCAUGUUCCAGGAGGUGUUCCAGGAGCCGCCGCAUUACGAACUCUGCACUCUCCGCAGCGCGCCGGCCACCUCUGCAGACCUGGCCGAGCUGGCCGAGGACUUUGAGAGCUACAACAAGCUCCGGCGCGCCUCCUCGCGCUGCAUCCACGAGCAUCACUGCGGCUCGUCGCAGCUGCCCAGCAACAAGGGCAGCCGCACCAACCUGAGCGCCCGUGAGGCGACGGCCGCCAUCCUGACGGACCUCCCGCCGCAGCCCAUGCGGCCGCUUCCUCCCCAAACCAACCGCAGGAACAUUCUGGUAAUGAGACACACCUACUCACAAGAGGCCGCUGAUGCCUGUGACCUGGACGAUGACCUGGAGGAAGUGCCCACCACCAGCCACAGGCUGUCCAGACACGAGAAAGCAGUGCAGCGGUUCUGCCUCAUUGGGUCUCUAAACAAACAUGAAUCUGAGUACAACACAACUAGGGUGUAACAGACAAUCUGAAGACAAAAUGUCAUCUGAAGUGGAAGGCACAAAAGGCUGUUACAUCAUACCCUACACCUCUCCUGACUGACAUCUUGUGGAAACAGCCUCAAAGAACUUUGUGACAACUUGCUACUUUGUCAGUUUUCAGAAUUUGCUGGGGGACUUACUGUAAAGCUCUUGGGGACUAAAACAUUUUUCAGACUGGACUGAAAGUGAAUAUACAAACUGGUGUACAUUUUUUCAUUCAGUGGAAUACGAGACAUGUUUUGGUUUCCUCUGAUUUGAUAACUGUAAUGCUCAGAUUAUUUUUCAAUACGAACUGUAAUGUCCUGAGUAGAUCCGUAGCGUUUUUACUUUGCGAGAAGCAUAGUUCAAGACCUUUAAACCAUAUGGUGCGAUACUUGAACCAACCGAUUCACAGGUGUAGUUUGUAAUCGUCCUUUUCCAGGAGCGAUUUUACUGUGACUUUUGCCUAGCUAGAUAUCUCUGACUAGCAUCUCAGAUGUGUUUCUCUUAAUGUUCAACAUUAAGGUCAAUUAUGGUCAUGUCUAUGCAUACAGUAAAAUGUAAGUGUACUGAGCAAGACUUUAAAAGAAUUGGUAUCAAGUUGCAAAAUAUGUCAGAUUAUUUCUUGUCUGCUUAUGAUUUGACAAACCUAUUAAUUUGAAAACGUGUUUCAUUAAUAUAUUUGAUUUAUGCUGGACAGAUUGUUUUAAAUAAAGUGAUACAAACAUAUGCUAUUGGACUACUUUGCAAGUGAUUUUAUAUAUGAACUCUAGACAGGUUUUUAGAAAAACAUUUUAAGGAGUGUGUUAGCUGGUGAUAUGUAUACACUGAUUACAAAUAAGAAAAUGUAUGUUGUAUAUGUCAU